UUAUUAGAGGAUAUUCUAUCUCAUAGCUUCUCUUGAAAUCUAGGUCAUUUAGAAACUUAAACUAAUUUGCUAUAUAAAUAUCACACCACCCCCAUUAGUUUCACGCAUCUAUCUUUUAAGUUUUCAUAUGUUUUUGAUCGCUCAUAUUUAAAUUCUACUUUUGUGAUCUUGCGCAGGUGUAUGAUAAUCAAUAAGUAACUCAUAGACGGAAUACUAUUAUUGGUAAUUUUAUGGGGGAUUCUUCUUCUCCGUUUAUUUUUGUUCUCUUCCUCUCCAUGUUGUAUCUCUAUCUAUAUUUUUGCAUCAGUAGUGAUUCAACUAACAAAAAGAGACGACUUUGUUUAUCUAGAAACUGAUCAUCCCUUUCCAAAAAGGUAAUUUUUUUUUAUAAAGUCAAAUCACUUAGCAAGAAUAUAAUAUAAGAUGUGUAUGCUAAUCAAGUGCAAUUUAUUUAUUGUGUGUGAUCCUCUUUAGGUACGUCUGAGAGCGAAAGGUAAUCUCAAAGCUUUUUAAAAACUUUGAAACUCAUUGAUUUUGUCCUAUCAAUUAUAUAAUUUGUUAUCAUUUGGGGAUUGUUUACAUCUUUAAAUAUUUUUGUUAAAAUUACCUCUUUUCUGACUCAAGUUUUAGAGAAGAAAACCGUAAAUCAUCUCUGAUGUUACAAUUAAACUAAUGAUAAUAAAUCUCAGGUAAUUCAAAUCUCUCUUUUAUAUUUCAUGGCUGAUUUUUUUAUUGGGGUUAUGCGUGAAAUAUUUGUUUUUUCUUAAUAAUAUUUUUCUGAUGUUUUAAGAUUAGUGUUAAAUGUGAUCGUUUGAAGCAUAAUGCAUUCUCAGAACACACCUCCAUGAUAAAUACUUCUAUGUAAAUUGUGUCAAUUAUGUUAGUGAUUUUGCAUCUGAGUAUUGUGACUGAUGUUCCAAGAGAGAAAACGUAUCACCUCAAACCGAGAUUGUUGGGAAAGGUAAAUGGUUUAUAGAUGUAAUUGGAUAAUUGGCAUCUAAAAGAUACAUUUUAUUAGAUAGUAUCAAGCAGUCAUUUUAAAUCUUUUGAACUCUAACUUUUUGAACUAACAGAAUAAUCAUGCUUAACCUAUACGCAGUUCAAAGAGUUAUGUAUCUAAAUGAUACGCUCUAUCAUAUAUAAAUGAUACGUUUUAUUAGAUAGUACAAGCAGUCCUUUUAAACUCAAACAAUGCCAUGUUCUGAGUUGUACACAUUGUAUUGACCUUUUUUUUUCCUUGCGGUGUGUAUUCAGAUAACAGUAGUGAAGUGCAUAUAUGAAGUAAUAUCAACCAAAAUUAAGAAAAGUCUUUUAAAAGCAGAGAUAAUCACAUGGGUCUCUCUUGAACAUGGCAAAUAACUAUCAGUUUUGCCAGACCCGAAUUUCUUAAACAUGUUUUCUACUUUCUAUUUUCUUAUUAUUUAGUUUCACCUGAUGAAAAGUUUGAAUCACAGACUCUUGACAUUUUAAAAUUUAUAUUAUCUGUUUGUGUAAUGGUGCAGAGGUUUCAAUGAGACCGGCUUAUCCUUCUUCCAAGAAAGUAAAGGACUAUGACAAGUUUGAAGCUGAAAUGAAGAAGAAUAGAAGGAUGAUAAGCUUGAAGGAGACGCUGCUUUGAACAAGUUCUUCCAUGAGAUAUUGAAUUCUGAUGAGGAUAUGAGGAGUGCUAGAGCAAAUCAUUUAUGAGUAUCUAUCUAUCUAUAUUCCUAUUUAGUCUUUCUUUUCUUGUGGAGAUUACAAUGUUUUUGGCAUUUUGAUUGACUCUUUUUGCAGUUUUGCACAAUCAACAGGUGGAAUCUAUUGAGACAGUGCUUUCAAUAGACUGGAAAGAUGUUGGUGCUAAGAAAAUCGAGAGCACUCUUUAUGAUGAUCUGGCGCUCAAGACAUGGAAAAUAUGAUCUUAUAUGAUGUGUGGGUUUUACCUUAAUCUAGACAGAACUCGAAGCCUUGGUCUUAAGGUCUGAUUUCUCUACUUUAUGGACUUAAGGUACUUUGUAUUUUCCAUAACUCAUAUUUUUUAUACGAAACACUGAAAUUUUUAAUCUAAAUGUUCUAAUGUAUUCUUUGUUCAUAUGAACAUAGUAUAAAUAUCAAUAUGUAACAUCGAAUCUUUCAUAUUAACCACAUACAUGUAACAUAAGUAUUAUAUAGUUGUAAAUAUGUAAUUAUCAAUUUAAUAUUAAUGUUAAUGCCCGUACAUGCGUGCGGGCGGUCCACCUAGUUAUAUAAUUAUAUUUGAAUACAAUUCACCAAGUAGAGUAUAAAACUAUUAUAAUUAUCUUAUAUAAAAAUUUAUUCAUUAUAUUUUAUAGUUUAUAAAUAUUAAAAGUAAUAAAUAUAACAUUAUUAAUCUUUCUAUAAUUUCAAGAUUUAGUUGCCAUAAAUUGUUAUUUGUAAUAUUAUUUAGAUUAUAUGGCAAGUGAUAUUAAAUAUUUUUAGAUUUACCUUAAAUUUUUAGAUCUAAUUUAAAUAAAUAAAAAUUAAAAACAAUCGAUCAAUCAAGUUAUAAUAAUUUUUUUGAAACUUCACAUCUGAGAAACACGUCAGCAGACCUCAUUAAAGUGAAUUCUCUAUAAGGAGAUGUUCUAUGUAUUUUUUUCAGUAAAAACGCAUACGUUUCUUUUCAUUACCCAGUUUUCGUCGAUUGACAAAAUACUUGGUUUAAUGGUCUGGUUAGUUCUUUGGGUUUAGUUACUUCAGUUACCAGCUUGGUUCAAUGAUCUUUCCUGACACGAAGGCGAAUGCCAUUUGGUAAAAGUUAAAUCAGAAAGCAAUUCAUCUUUUAUCCUCUCCUCUCUCUCUCUCACGGGAUCUCACUCCAUCUUCCAUCAUCGCCAUCCAUCACUUGGAUAUCAGUUGCCUAAGUAACAACGGUGGUACAUUAUAGGGUUUGUGUCCUUCUCAGAUAUGGACAUAAUCAGUGGGUUGCCUGAUGAACUGCUUGUUAAGAUAUUACUGUUGGUUCCGACAAAAGUUGCUGUAUCCACAAGCAUCUUGUCCAAACGGUGGGAGUAUCUUUGGAUGUGGUUGCCUAAACUUGAUUACGGUCCUCGCGACUGUUCAGAGUCUGAAUGCGAGAAGCUAAGGUGUUUUCUAGACAGAAAUUUGCCUUUACAUAGAGCUCCGGUUAUCGAAAGCUUCUCUCUUGACUUAUGCUGUUCACGAUUUAAACCGGAGAAUAUCAACAUGUGGAUUGGAAUAGCUGUUUCCCACUGCCUACGUGAGCUGGAGAUGCUAUAUGAGUCUGAUCCGGCUAAGCCAUUCGUGUUGCCGAGUAACUUGUAUGCCUGCAAAUCUCUCGUGGUCUUGAAACUUGAUGGAGAUAUCCUCUUGGAUGUUCCUACAAUGGCGUCUCUUCCCUCGCUGAAAACUAUGAAUCUUCAAAGUGUGAGAUACUCCAGUGACAAAACUCUUCCACUGCUUCUAUCAAAAUGCCCACUUCUUGAAGAUCUUGUGUUGGAUUUAUGUGAGGAUGAUACCCCGAGAUAUCUGGGAGUUGUUGUUCCGUCUUUGCAGAGUUUGUCACUCUCUAUACUCUAUAAUAAUCAUAUUAUAGAUGGGUUUGUGCUAACAACUCCUGCUUUGAAGUAUUUCAAACUUAUGGACUAUAAUGAACACUACUGUCUGAUCGAGAAUAUGCCUAACCUGAUCGAGGCAUAUUUAGAUGUUGAUUGUCCUGAUAUCAAGAAUCUAAUUGAGUCAAUCACAUCUGUCAAGCGUCUUUCAAUAUGUUCAAAGGCUAUGUUUGAUGAAGGUUUUGUCUUCAACCAGCUUGAGCAUCUGAAGGUAUGUAUAUGCAAAGACCAUUCCUCCAAUCAACUUUUCAGGCUGCUCAAAUCUUCUACGAUAUUGCAAGAAUUAAACCUUUUCUCAAUGGAGGAUCAUGAGCCUCAAGGCAUGGAUGACUGGAAUGAACCAAGUACUGUUCCUGAAUGUUUGUUGUCGAGUCUACAAACUCUCAGCUGGUCGGGGGAUUACAUAGGAGAACCACAAGAGAGAGAUAUUGUGGUUUACAUUUUGAAGCAUGCUCUUCACCUAAAGACUGCAACUAUCAAGUCAUAUGAAUCGGCUGUUCCAAAAUUUGAUAUGUUACAGGAGUUGGCACUUUCUUCUAGAGCUUCAGCUGCAUGCCAACCCAUGUUCGAAUGCGCAUCUGAAGAUUAAAAUUGGUCCUGUGUCUUCUAUUCUUGUAUGGUUAAGUCUUCAACUCUGAAAACUUUGUAUCCAAACUAUCUUUUCUAUAUGUUAUAUAUCAUCAUCGGAUUGUGUUGUUUGGAGGUAAGUUGAUUUAAUAGUUUUGUGGG